AUGGAGGGUCGGCGUUAUAAGCCUCACGUAGCAUUGUACGCAGGCAGCGGAUGGAGGCAUCUCAUUCCUUGUCUUGAGCUGGCGAAGCGCCUCUGCACCCAACACGGCUUCUCCAUCAUCUUCAUCACUCCAGACAAGUACGCACCACAGAAACAAGAUUACAUAAAACAGGUGCACUCUGUGUGUGUGGACAUGCUUGUUCUGGAGGAGACCACGGAAAACAAAGUCGAGGGGUUUCUUAAGCUUUUUCUGUACCUCAAUGUUCCUCUCUGCGCUUACAUAGUAGAUAACCUUUGGGCAACGACUCGGGAAAUGGUUGCCCAUCAUUUGAACGUUGGGUCGGCGCUAAAAAUACCCACUUAUGUGUUUUUCGGCUACUCUGCCUCGUAUCUCUGCCUCUCGUUUCUCAAAGACAUGAAUCGCCAUCAGCAGGGAGACAUACCAGGGCUUAGAUUUGUUACAGCGAGUGACAUACCGGGAGGUCUUCUUGAGGACAAGUUUCCUUUAGAGCACAUUCUCCCGGUCUCCGAGCUCAUUGGGGUGCGCGGUAUUAUUGUAAAUUCUUGCCGGGAUCUGGAAAGUUCACAGAUAGGUGCUCUAGAAAGUUCUCAGCCGCCAUUGAUGAGUAUAUACAGUAUUGGGCCGCUUCUGCCGGAAUCUGAACCACCUGGGUCGGAUUCUGCGAAGCAAAAGUGUGAGAAAUGGCUUGAAAAGAAGCCCAAGGAUUCUGUCCUGUUCGUUUUCUUGGGCCCUGCGUUACUGUCAGUGGAGCAGAUCCAAGAACUCGCCUUUGGGCUUGAAGGCAGUGGGCAGAAAUUCAUUUGGGUUUUGAAAGCAGGAGCCAAGUCCGAUUACAGUCUGUUGGAGAUGGUGAGAGGGGAAGCCCAAGUUCAUUCUGUGUCGGAAUUGCUUCCAUUUGGGUUCGAGGAGCGUGUGAGAGAUCAGGGACUGGUUCUUGAUAGCGCCCCUCCCUUGGGCUUUCUUCUUGCUCACCAGUCCAUUGGUGGCUUUCUUACCCACUGUGGCUGGAAUUCUACCCUGCAGAGCAUUGGGAACUCGAAGCCCAUGAUUGCUUGGCCACAGUUUGAGAACGAACAGAGACUUAAUGCUCUUGUCCUGGUCAAAGAAAUGAAGAUUGCUGUUGAAGUGCAGAAAGGAAUGGAUAGAUUGGUGAGCAGAAGCGAAGUGGAGAGAUGUGUUGGGGUGUUAAUGGGAGGUGGAGGUGAAGGAAAAGAUAUGAGGAUGAGAGUGAGUGAACUGGCUGCCAAGGUCAGAAAUGCAACCACUGAGGAAGGAAGUUCACGACAAGCACUCGAUUCUUUGGCUGCCUUGUUCAUGUCGGACAUGACACUUAGAGGAUAA